AUGUUCAUCUCCAACGGUUACCCUCGUAGUUUCAUCGAACGCAGCAGACAACCAAAGAAGGCUAUAAGGUCAACGAGAGAACAACCAACAGUGUGGCGGGCGCUACCGUAUAUUGAGAAUGUAUCCGAAGCAGUCGCUCGUCUCUUACAACCACUGGGGAUCGGCGUCGCCCACAGACCUGAAGCGACAAUAAGACGUCUCGUCAUGAGACCCAAGGCCCCUCUGUCACGAGGCGAAACAGCGAAUGUCGUCUACCGUGUCCAGUGCAGUUCCUGUGAGGCGAACUACGUUGGAGAGACCGGAAAACGUCUACAAACCCGCAUGAGUGAGCACGCAAAGGCAGUGAGAAGGAUGGACCAACUCUCACUGGUGGCGGAACAUUGUGCAGCCUUUGGGCACACUUUCGCCUUCCAGAAAGCCGAAAUCCUAGGCCGAGGUACCGACCAGACAGCUAGGGAAACGCUCGAGGCCUGGCACACCGUACCAACCUCCAUCAACCGCUGCACGAUUCUCCCGGCAGCCUACCAGGCCCUACGAGUGCGGUUCAACCAACGGAAUCAAAGGCAGGAAGUCAGCAUCACAAGCCCAGGUGAACACAGUUCGCGCCCAAACACCGAUGACGGGGACCAGCAGGCCGAUAAAGGAGAAACAGGCAACGGGCCUGCAGCCACCGAGGUGCACACGGGCAGAGGCAAACGGGCGACAAUUACGAGAAACGCGGGUCAGGCACAACAAAUGCGGGCAAUGCAGACGAGGUCAAUGACCGCUGCCAUCCCGACACAGCUCACCCGACGAGGAGACGCAGGAAGGGACCGACCAGCACGGCAGAAAUUAGCUCCUCCCCCCGCAGCAGAUCCUGCACGAAUAGCAGUAGGAACGACAACACUCCCGCAUGCUCAGCACCCAUAA